AUGCAUUCACAACCAAACAGUGACAACUAUUAUUUUCUGAAACAGAGGCGAGUUAGGCACUUGAAAGGCAUCAUGCUAAAGAAUUUGAGGCUGAAGAAAGAGAUUAACAGCUAUGUGGAACUCUGCUCUUUCUCAUUAUUCUUUACUCUACAUAAAGAUAGCAAUUCUACAGAGUGUAAAAAUAAGAUUAAUCAAAUUGCUACCACCAUUUCUAACAACAACAACAGCAACAACAACAACAAUAAUAAGGAUGGUGGUGAUGAACAGAAUGAACCAUGUACAAACAACACCAACACGGAUGAUGAACACAGUGAACCAUAUGCAAACGUCAGCUAUAAUGACAUAAGCUACCAGACAUUCCACAGAUACCACUACAUAAACAACAUUUGCCACUCCAACAACAAUGACGGUGACAACAACAACAAAUGUGAUGACAUUAAUAUCUGCAACAACAACAACAACAACAAUAGUCACAACAACAUCAGUGACAGCAUUGUAUUAGUAACAACAUUAGAAGCAAAUUUUAAAAAUCUUGUUCCCAUCUCUCUACACCAUACUCAUGUCUACAAUGCUAACGCCAUUGUUCUGGAUUUCGACGAUGGCUUGUUCUGCCUGGCACCUACAGACCAUGACCACCCCAAGCAUCAUUCCUCCAAUGAUCAGCUUCAGCAGCAGCAGCACACUUCCACUAACAUUCAUCCCCAUCAUCAUCCUCAUCAUCAUCAUCAUCAUAAAGAUGAUGAUGAUGAUGGCGACGGGAAGGAUGGUGAUGGGGGUAAGAGUGGUUGCAAAGUUGGAGUUGCCGUCAGCAUAAAUCAACAGAGAUUGUCUUAUAGAUUGGAUUCAUUAAAAAGAUUGCAGAUAACACUGAAUGCCGUAGAAGAAUUAAAGGACAAAGUUGAGAAAUUAAAAACUUCUGUGACGUCCAUCCUUACUGAGAGACAGUCCAAAUACAACAAACGAUAUGAGCUAAAUGCAAUGAAGAUCAAAGUUCAAAGGUUGAGGAGGGAGUUGGAGCAGAGGAGGUCAGCACGUCUGCUUGAGGAAACUAAACUGGAGUCUAUCAGGUCAUCCAAUGAAAUCGAUGAUUUAGUGAUGACAGAAAAUACGCAACAGUUGGCAGUCUCCUGGGACGAGCUGCAUGAGAAGAAGAAGGGAGAGCAGCUGAUAAAGGUUGGAACGCAAUUGGUACAUCGGAGAAAAUAUUUGCUCACCGAUCUCUCAACUAUUUAUCCUAUCACCAAGGGGAAGCCCGACAAUGUUAUUACGUCAUCGUCACCAGCGGCAAAGAGGAUUGCUUCUGAACCUUAUUACAUUUGUAAUGUACACCUGCCGCAAUCCGAAAACAUGCUUGGGCAGGAUGACGUCAUGAUUUCAGUCGCUCUCGGUUACACGGCCCACCUCGUCAGCAUGGUCAGCUUCUUCCUAGACGUACCGCUGAGGUAUCCAAUCAGAAACGCAGGCUCGUCGUCGUCCGUCCGUGAUGACAUCAUCGAUCUCCUGAAUGCCAAGGAGAGAGAAUUUCCACUUGCCAUCAAGGGCCGGGAUCGUUUUCAGUUUGAUUAUGCGGUCUUCUUGUUGAAUAAAAAUAUUAUCCAGUUACGUCAUUACUGCGGGGUUGCAACAAGUCAGCUUGGUAUGACCUUGGCCAACCUUUAUACGCUACUCAAUGAUAAACUCGGCGUUGUAUACAAUGGCAACCAGAGCAACGCGUUCAUCUCCCAACACCUACACGUGCCUCCGAGUUUCGGUGGUCCCGCCCACAAAACCUUCGUCACUCGAAUCGCGUCAACCACAACUACCACAACAUCUACCGUUAUGACCACAUCGACGCCAAUCGCAGCAACAAUGAGGAUGACGUCAUCUACGGAAGCUUCAGCAGACGCGAUAACGGUCGGUGCCCUGGCAUUUCCACUGUCUUCCAUGUUUCUCGAUAGCAGCCUAUCAGAGAGCUCAACGUCAUUAGAUAGGACGCCACAAUCCUCCAUCAUCAUUCCCAGUCACGAAGGCAUCACAUCAUCGGCAUUAACGUUAACAUCGACGGACACAACAACUGAAUCAACACCACUUAUUUUAACAACAGCAGCAGCAGCAACAACAACAACUACAGCAGCAACAGCAGCAGCGGCACUAGAGACAAUAUCAAUAUCAACAUCACGAUCUACAGAAUCCUUAAUCAUCCCGGAAAUGGUCGAACCGGUUAUAACUUACGAAUCCAUGCUUCCGGAGCUGGACAAAAUCUUAAAAAUUCCCCAACCUAUUUUUGGCUCCCACGAAUUCCCCAGGUUUAUAAAUAAAGUCCCACUAAGCAGGUCCACAAUACGACACCAGGAUGAUAAAGAAGAAGAUGAUGAUGGUGUUAAUGAUAACGUUGAUGAUGAGGUUAAUGAUAUUUAUGGAAGUAGCGUCCUUGACGACUGUAACCGUAAUAAUGAUAAUGAUGAUGGUAAUAAUAAUAAUGAUGAUAAUAAUAAUAAUGAUAAUAGCGAUAAUAUAAUUAUUAAUAAUAAUAACGACAUAUUUAAUUACGAAGAAGACCAUAGGAACAUAUUGAAGAAUAUGAUUCUAAACUUUUCAGAAACACCGGAUAAUUGUUCUUUGGCCGAUGACGUCGACAAUUAAAUUGAAAAUAACAGAAUGAUUUUGUUUACAAUUUUGUAAUUCAUUCACUAGCAAUUAAAUAUUUUUAAUUUCAUGUAAUUUUUACAAAAUACGCCAACUGCACGAAUGAAUUAUCUUGUUUUUUAUUUAUAUUUUUUUAUGUUAUUAUUGUUAUUAUCAUUAUUGUUGUUUUUAAUUGUUAUAAUUGUUCAAUAUUGUUAUUAAUUAAUUAAUUAUUAUAAUUUAUUUAUUUAUUAAUUAAUUAAUAUUUGAAAUAUUUAUUGCUAUUGUUAUUCUUAUCUGCAUGUAUUUGAUUAUUAUUAAAUUAUGAUUGCAAAUCAGUACAUUUUCUUUAUUUCAUAUUAUUUGGCUUGUUU